AUGCUCUGUACUGGAAGCAAUGCUUCUACAAUUAUUCAAGAGCAAAAACACCAACAAGACUCUGCUUCCGCUGACCACCGGAGCACACUGCUUGGUCUAGAAACUGAGCUAAAGAAGGAUUCAAGAUCAUUGUUAUUUUCUUGCUGCUGCUUAGCUUUAGCUUGGGCAGCUGCACUUCCACGUGCCUCAGCAGCGGCUCGUUCUGCCCUAACCCUUGCUUCAGCAUUUACCCUUUCUCUAGCUUCUACAGCAGCUUUCUCAGUCUUUUCUCUAGCUUCGGCUUAUGCUCCGGCUUUGCUCUGUUUCUGUGAGACUUUUGGAAGCCUAAAAGGUUAUGAAGUGGAAAAUCACAUGAAUGCUUCAGUUACUAUGUUGGAGGAGGCAAUCAUGUAUUCAUCUUUCAGUUCAAAAAAAAGAAUCAGGCAUUCAUCUUCCUUAACGAAUGAUCUCAUCGAGGAGAUAUUGUCGAGAUUGCAUUCAAAGUCAGUGGCAAGGUUUCGUUGCGUGUCGAAGCAAUGUGCAUCAAUGUUUGCUAGUCCAUACUUCAAGAAGUUGUUCCAGACCAGGUCCUCCGCUAAGCCGAGUCUCUUAUUCGCCAUCGCAGACUACGGAAUUGAAGAAGAUUACAGUAUGAAAUUCUUCUCAUCGCCUCAGCUUGAGAAUACAUAUGAGAAAACGUCGUCAACUCUUGUAGCAGCCGCUGAAUUUCAUGUGAAGUUCUCUCCAGACAAGUCAAUACCGAUCUAUCUGUCUGAAGACCCAAGAUAUGUUUCAAUUGGCUACGCCUCUGGCUUGAUCUAUAACUAUUGUGGUCGAUACGUGGGUAGACCUCUAAUAUGUAACCCCAACACAGGACGGUAUGCGAUCUUACCAUAUCGUUAUACUUAUAGAAAGGCGUAUAGUUUUUUCGGGUUUGACCCGAUUGACAAGCAAUACAAGGCCUUGUCCCUUCCUUAUGUAGAUGGUCCUGGUCGUAGUAAAGUUCUUACAUUUGGAGCUGGAGAUCUGACAUGGAGAAAUAUUAAAUCUCACACUGAAGACAUAUCUUACAGAUAUUAUGAGUAUGUGAUAGUUUGCUUUGAUGUGACGUCUGAGAAAUUCACCUUUGUUGGCGUACAAAAGUUUUGUCUAUUGAUCAACUACAAGGGCAAGUUAGAUGUGAUCUAUUGGGAGGAUGAUGUCGACAUUCAUGAGAUUUGUUACUUUGCGAAGGAUCUCGAUGAGUAUUUGGACGAAAAUCUUGACGCUGAUGCCACUAACGAGUUGCAUGUGUGGGUUCUAGAAGAUGUUGAGAAACAGGAAUGGUCUAAAUAUGCCUACACUUGGACCGAUGAUACAUUCUUCCAUCGUCACCUUUCCAUUGCUGGAGCCACUGCUUCGGGUGAAAUAGUGUUUUCGAUGCGCAAGUACACAUCUAAACAACCAUUUUAUGUUUUCUACUUCAAUCCCGAAAGGAAUACUCUCCAACGUGUUGAAAUCCAAGGUUUUGGUGAAGCGUUUAGGACAACUUGUAGUGUUCGCACCUUUGUAAACCACAUAGAGGAUCUUGAUGUUAACGAUUUAGAACAACUCAACUACAUUGGGACAAGAAGAUAA